UAGUGUGAUAUCAGAUAAAAUUAAAUAUUUAUGACUUAGGUGUGACUUACAAAGCCGAAAGAACCCCAGACUACAUCAAAACAUUUUCACACCCUCUUGACGGCCGGGUGUAGAAAUAGUAAUAAACAACAAUGCCAAACUGGUCAGCAAUCGGAGCCAUGCUCUUCCCCAACUUGGGAGGUUGGGCAGGAGCCCUCACCAUGGCGGGACAGACAAAGCAGCCGGACGGCAAGGCCUGGUACCAGAUGCUGAAGAAGCCGAGCUGGACUCCGCCCAACUGGGUGUUUGGGCCGGCGUGGACUGCACUGUAUACGGGCAUGGGGUACGCUAGCUAUAUGGUGUACAGGGAUUGUGGAGGCAUGACUGAUAAGGCCAUACUGCCUAUUGCAUUAUACGGCGGUCAGCUUAUAUUCAACUGGACAUGGACUCCAGUUUUCUUCAGAAUGCAUUUAAUAGGAUUAGCGUUCUUCCACAUGGCAGCACUCGACGUGGCAGCGACGGCCUGCACCCUCAGUUUCUACGAAGUGAACCCGACUACAGCGUGGUUCAUGCUGCCUUAUCUAGCGUGGCUCGGCUUCGCCACCUGCCUCAAUUAUUCCAUCUGGCAGUUGAAUAAGAAGGAUAGUGAGAAAAAGUAAUAACUAUAUUAUUUGUUGCCACUUACCACGUUCAAGGUUAUUUAAAAAACUUGUAAAAAAUAGUACUAAAGAGUCAAUCUGGGUCAGACGGUCAGAAACUUUGUAUGGACAUAUGAAACUUACGCAGUUGUUAUUUACUUUAACAUUUAAUUACUAAAGUUUUUUACAAGAUUAGACGUAAAUUACGUCACUUCAUCAUAAGAACUUAUAGCAAUUGAGAGAACAUUUUUGGUCUUUUAUCAGAUUAUGGCAAAGCGAAUUAAUUGUGAUAUCGACCGGUAUUUAAUAGUAGUACAAAUCUAGAUGAAGAUAUGCUCAAUGUAUUUAUAUAUUGACAUCAUUAUUUUCGCGAAGUCGAAUUUAAUAACCAAGCUACUAUUUUUUUAAGUUUUUUUGUACGCUAUAUGUAUAGUAAAUUUCUUGACAGUAUAUCUUAGCAACUAAGUCAUAAAUUAAAAUAAUAUCAAAUUGUAUGUUAAUAUUUUUAAUAUUAUAUAAGCAAGUGCUGUUA